UCCCUCAUUCUGUCUCCCUCUCUCUCCCUCUCCCUCUCUCUCCCUCUCCCUCCCUCCCUCCCUCUCUCACUGACUCAGAUCUUUACUCUGCUCUUCCGACGCGACACCGACGACAUGAGCUCCCGCAAAGAUGUAGCGCCUGACCGCCUUAAAUCUCCAACAAAAUGAGGAUGAAAACGGGAGGAAUGCGGGCAGGAUGAAGCACAUAAUACCAGUGUCCGGAACGGAUAUUCUUUCUUUUCUUUAACAAAACUGUCUGUUCCCUUUUUUUUUCUUCUUAAUCCGAGCCGUUUUCUAAGAAGCGGGGAUGAAGAAGGAGGAUCCUGGAUUGUGGGAAUCGUUUCCGGAUGAUUUCGGCUUGUCGGAUUGUGUGAUCGUUCUUACUGCAUGUCCAAAUCAAUUGUCGCGAACAAAAGCAAAGGACAAAGUUCUCUGUUUCCAUCGAUUUGCUUGAAAGAUCUACAUAUGAUGAUUUUUUUUUCUUGAUUUUUUUCUGACUCACAAAACCAGCCUUCAUCACAGAUAUUAAACUUGACCAACACUUUAUCAUAAGAUCAUUAAUUAAUAAUACUCACAAUUAUAUUAUUCACAAUCAAAUGGCUUUUCGUCUUUUUAUAUCCAUGCUAUUACAUGAUGCACGUUUCAUGACACUCCAGUCCUUACUGUGAAAGAAUUGAAAUUUUUAUUCUAUGAAGAUGGAUAAAAAUCGAUCGGGAGACAUGACAGUCCUUCAUGUGGGCCUCUUUGCUUUGGUUCUGCUCAGUCCUGUUACUGCUGCUCAGAACGAGGAGAGGGAGUGUGCGUACGCCGAACAGCAGGACCAGUCCAAGCGCAUUGAUGGAGGAGGAGAGGGGCGUGUCUUCCUGGAAAACAACACCAUUCGCUGCAGCCAGGGUGGGCGGUGCUACGGAUUGUGGGAGAAGAAGCACAACGGCGUGCAUCUGGUCAAACAAGGUUGCUGGGGGUCCCAGGGGGGCCAGCGGACGUGCCAUGAUGACCGUUGCCAGGUGACAGAGCCACCCUCCCAGAUCCAGAAUGGCACCUAUCGUUUCUGUUGUUGUAGCAAAGACAUGUGCAACCUGAACUUCACCGAGGACUAUCCUCCACCCAGAUCCACCCCCGCACCGCCAGUCCGUGAGUCUCGCCAUCUCUACCGAGAGGAGGCCAUCUUGAUUGCCUUGGCAACUGUCUCCAUGGUAGCUGUCCUGGUUGUGCUGGUCUUUUUCUGCCUCCGUGUACUGAGAGGACGUGGUAAACAGAGUCUCCAUAACCUGAACAUGUUGGAGGCGGCUUUCUCUCCUCCAUCACUGGACCUGGACAGUCUCAAGCUUCUGGAGCUGAUUGGCCGCGGUCGCUACGGGUCGGUGUACCGGGGCUCUCUGGACGAGCGUUCCGUGGCAGUUAAAGUGUUCACCAGCGCCAACCGGCAACCGUUUGUUAACGAGCGCUCCAUCUACCGCCUCCUACUGGACCACGACAGCAUCACACACUUCCUCGAGACGGAGGAACGAGUCGGAAGCGACGGACAGCCAGAGUACCUGCUCAUUAUGGACUACUACCCACACGGUUCUCUCUGCACGUAUCUGAGCACGAGGACAGUGGACUGGUUGAGCUGCUGCCGUCUGGUCGUCUCCGUCACCAGAGGACUUGCUUACCUUCACACGGAGCUGGUGAGAGGAGACAUAUACAAGCCUGCCGUCUCCCACAGGGACCUGAACAGCAGGAACGUGCUGGUGAAACCAGACGGCUGCUGUGUCAUCAGUGAUUUCGGCCUGUCCAUGGCGCUGACAGGAAAGAGACAGUCGGGUCAGGUGGAGGAGGACAACACAGCCAUCAGCGAGGUGGGCACAGUGAGGUACAUGGCUCCGGAGGUGCUGGAGGGAGCUGUGAAUCUGCGAGACUGCGAGGCUGCACUAAAACAAGUGGACGUUUUUGCUCUCGGUCUGCUGUACUGGGAAUGCUUCAUGCGCUGCACUGAUCUCUUCCCAAGUGAUUCCGUGCCCCCGUUCCAGCUGGCCUUCCAGGCUGAGGCAGGAAAUCAUCCGACCAUAGAGGAAAUGCAGGCACUGGUUUCCCGCCAUAAACAGAGACCCAAAUUUCCUGAAGCCUGGAAGGAAAACAGUCUGGCAGUACGCUCUCUGAAGGAGACGAUAGAGGACUGCUGGGAUCAGGACGCCGAGGCUCGGCUCACAGCUCAGUGUGUGGAGGAACGUCUGGCCGAACUGGUCGUCCUCUGGGAACGAGAAAAAUCCACAAGUCCUGCUGUAAACAUCAGCACGGCGCUGCACAAUCACAGGAACUUGUCACAUGGACAUCAAGCACCAAAGACUGGCUCCUACCCAGAAACCUCAUCUUCAGCUACUGUGGAGGAGAGAGAGGGUGGAGCUAAACCUCCUCACAGUGAUGCAUCUGCAGAACCUGUGCUGAUGGGAGGAGCUGCAGAAAAGAACAGAAACUGCAUCAAUUAUGAGCGUCAACAAGCCCAAUCUGGGUCAGGGCCUGACGGUACCAUGGCUGCCCUGCUCUCUAAACCCAUGGCAGUGAGGUGCGGUGGCCGUCCCCUCCAAGCCCACCUCACUCAGGAAGAUCUGGAGACCACUAAACUGGACCUGAGUGAGGUGCAGAGGAACCUGCGUGAGAGCUCUGACGAGAGCCUAAUGGAGCAUUCUGAAAAACAGUUCAGCUUCGGUGAAACGGGGAGCUCACAAAGUCCCUUCUACCCGCUUGCGGAUGCGACUGCUGACGUCACGGUUUCACAGGUUUCCACACCUUCAUCCGUCCUGCCCAAGCAACAAAACGUCCCGAAGAGACCCAGCAGUCUGAGCCUGCAGUCUAAACCUGCUGCAGCUUUGUCCCUCAGGAUGAAGUUCAGCAAGCUGAGCAAAAGCAAUCUAAAGAAAGCCGACGUGGGCGUGGCCAGAACUAAAUCUGUUCCUGAGCCACGCCCGGUUAAGGUUAUCUCCAACAACACAGCCUCCGAAAUAAUGGCAAAUAUAAGCACACAGCUGCCACCAGGGGGCACUGUGAGCACCACCGAAUCUCAGAGCAAAGACGGCAUAAGCUCAGAAGAGAUGAGCUUCGGAAUCCUGACCGCCAGUCCGGACGAGCAGGAGCCCCUGCUGAGGAGAGACACACAGCUGGAGAACAACACCAACAACAACAACAGCAAUAACAAUGGCGGAGACGGUGAGGGCGACGGAGAGGGUGAGAGCAGAGAGGGAGGAGGAGGAGGGGAGAUUGGUGAGAGCGCUGCACAACUCGGAGAGACUUCCUCCUCAUCUGUGACAGAGCCUCCUGUACCGCCUCCUUCACGCCCACCUGCCCCACCCAUGACCACGCCCCAGCUGACACCCGCAGCACUCACACAGGGGGAGGCACUGCUCAGGCAGAACCGUGGACGAAGACCCGAGAGACCAAACUCACUGGACCUGUCCAUCACUACACUGCCCUUACUGGGAGGCCACUCAGACUGUGACGGGAAGGAGGGAUCAGGAGACAAGAUUAAAAAACGAGUGAAGACCCCCUACGCUUUAAAGAAGUGGCGUCCGGCGACUUGGGUCAUCACUACAGACACUCUCGAUGCCGAGGUGAACAACAACAAGUGUCCUGGAGGUCAGAACCACAAUGCUGGGCCCAGCAGAGCCAAAUCAACCCCUGCAGUUAACCUGAGGGGACGAGGGGGCGUCGCCUCUGGCUUCACCUCUGACCCCAGCGACUGCACCUUUUAACGCUCAGAAACCUGCUUAGACUCUCUUAAGAGAUCUGUGCUGGAUCCAGGGGCAUUCCAGGAGAUGAAGCUUGUAUCCAGUGGAGAAUUAUCUGAUGCACUUGGACUCUGGGAGAUAAUCUCUGAAUAAGCACAGCCAGUUCUCAUACCUGUAUCUCAUAUCUGAUGUGUGCUUGUGGUUUUUUUUUGUUUGUUUGUUUGUCUGUUUGCUUGUGUGUGUGUGUGUGUGUGUGUGUGUGUGUGUGUGUGUGUGUGUGUGUGUGUGUGUGUGUGUGUUGCAUUUAACACGAGGGCUGAUUUACGCUUCUGCAUCUGGUCAUAUUUACAUGUAAAUACAGACGUGGACACUAGGGGUCAGUGUUGCGUUGUACAAACUCAGAAUGUGGCACAGUGGCGAGAAAAUAGCUGAGAGAAAUCUAUAGAAUCACACUUUUACUGCACUGUAACACUUACUAAAACUUUUUAAUUUUUUAUUUUUCUACUAUUUCUACCCCUCUAAUGAUGAUGAUGAUAAUAA